GUGUGAUCAAUGUCAAGUGAUCAUAGUAUUUCAUUUAAUAAAACAUUUUCUUCUUUAUAACACGUUCAUGUUUUUCAAAAAUAUAAGUGGUUUGCUUACAAAAUAACAAAAAAGAUGCAGGCCAUGAUGCGUUUGAGCACUGUGCACACCAUCUGCUUUCUGUGGGAUUUAUAACUACCAGAAAAAAACUAAAGCUUAAAUUUAGCUUUAACAAACAACACUAAGGUUUAAAAACCACAACAUUAUGAAUGAAAUAUUAAAUAUUCUGUACUAGUUCUAGGUCGGAUUAAACUUUCUCAAAUCAUUUAGAAAUAACACACACUUCUACUAAAUACUAUUCAUGUUUAUUUUAGAUCCAACGUUUCAGUCACAUGUUUAUGCUGAUAAUCUGUAAUCAAAAUAGAAGCAUUUUCACUAGUAGUCUCAGUUUUUGUAUAUGAAACAGGUGUACUGCUUUCAAUAACACUGGGACACUUUCCUAAAGUCACCGAAGUGCAACCUUAGAUACAGAACGCGCGCACCCGCUGCCCUGUUUGACCCCGGCACGCGGAUCAGUGAACCUGAUGCCGUUUCGCGCGUGCGCAGAACUCGCACUCACCUGUCGCGCUUUAACGCGGCUGCUAUUCCACCAUCAAUCGUAAAGCGCGUCAUAUUCUUCAUAAAUAACCAUCUUAACUGCGUGUCAAUGCCAAAGGGAUCUGUCAGAACCGAAGGACAUGUCCGAAAGUUCCUCUGGAGUGAUCACCAGCAGUGAAAGUUUUCCAAAGUCUCAAUCUCACUUCUCUGAGUUAAGCGACACACACACUCCUCUCUCUGUGGAACUGACUCCAGACUCCGGCAUUGUUGCCACACCACUGCCGUCCAGUCGGUUCAGGUUCGCCUCGUGGCACUGUUUAGAGGAGCAUGAUGUGCGUGGGGACCAGCUCGCCUGCCCGAGAGUCAGAGAGGGCCCCGCUGAAGGGGAGCUGUCUGUUAACAGUGAAGACAUAUCUCUCAGAGGCGGCAGGAGAAAGAGGAGAGAGGAGGGAAGACAGAAAUGGGAGGAGAGACUUCAGGAGAACUGGGAGAACUGUGUGGUACUGAACUUGUCUUACCAGGACCUGGGUGAUCCAUACCAGCUAGAGAACUUUACUCGUAUUCUGAAGAGACUCAUUCGAGUGGAACAUCUUCAGCUGGUGGACAACUCUCUGAAAGAUCUCAGUUCUGUCAGACUGCCAAGAUGUAAAAUCCUAAAUCUUCAUCGGAACCAUUUGACGUCCGUCCGUCAGCUGCCAAAGGUUCCCGACAUCCAGCACUUGUGCCUGUCUGAAAACAGUAUUUCCUCCCUGAGCGAGUUGUGUCUGCUGAGGAACACGCCGCUGCGGUCUCUGACCCUCAAACGCAACCCCUGCCAGUUUCUGGAGCGCUACCGCUCACGUGUGUUCGCCUGUUUGCCAAACCUCCAGGUUCUGGAUGGCAUCCCAAAGCUGCCGGAAGAUUGUGUGCCGCCUCCGUCACCGGCGGCGUCCAGGUUAUGUAUUAUUCUGUGACGGCAGCUCUUGAACUCAAGCCUCGAAGACAGAACCUAAAGCCAAUGUACUAUACUGUCAAAUACUGUAAAAGUCUUUGUAAUGCAACGUUUUAAAUGCUCACGUGCAUUUUCAUGAUAAAUUAAAGGUAUUUAUGUACCUCUGGUUUACAUUUGAGCCAUUCAACUUAGAAAAGUUAAACUGUACACCCCAAAUCUGUAAUGGGUUGACAUUGUGUGGUUCAUCAGCAGAACGUCUGCUGCUGGUCAUUCAGGCUAUUCGGUGGCUCAAUGACCAGCCAACCCUGAUCUUAAAGUUCACACUAUCCUGAAGACUGUUUUGACAGCCGUGUCGGUUCUCGGGUGUUAUUGCCCUAUGCUCAGCUGACAUGGUGUGAAAAGGGGGCAGAGAGACGGAAUCAGAUACAGUAAUGUGACACUGCUGAUCAGCUGAUGAUGUCACCGCAGGUUCUCAGAGGGUCAGGUGGAUGUCCAGAAUCACGACAUGGAUGCCUUUUCUUAAAAAUUACAAUUCAGAACUAAAAUCAUUCCAAAAUAAAGUGUAUUCGCUUUAACGCGAUUUCAGGUUAAACUUCACUCAGAGCUCAAUUUUACACAACUGUAAUUGAUCCAAAAUGCUUUACAGUGUAAUACAUAAGCAAUAAUAAUAAUACAUUUACUAUAUUUAAAACAAUAUACUGACUACACUGUAGUUUGAAAACAAAUUUAGAUUUACGAUUAGUCAGAAUUCAAUCCGUCAGGCUUUGAAGCCAAUCGAUGAGCUGCUUCCCAAACCCUGACCUCACGGAAUUUCACACAUUGAAAAAAACCACGGCUUCAUAUAGGCCUACGCUCAAUGUGUACCAUGACGCUUAUAGUUCGCCUCGGCCUUUCAGCAAUCACCAAUUCUUAUGCGCUUCAGUAUUCUGUGUUCAUUUUGGUGUCAAUUUCAACUCCUCUGACACCUGAGCCGAGAAGAGAAGAAACGAGAGAUCUGACGAAAUUAUACAGCUUAUUAAAUCUGCGAGAGGCGGCUUUGUUUGUCACCAGACCGCGGCUUCCCCACGGAGAACAUCAUCUGCAAAGAUUCAUUACACACGCCUGUGAGAGGAAUAACACAAACACAAAUAUAUUUAUAUAGUCAAAACUCAGCUACAUAUUAUUGCGACGUUACCUAACAGCAGGAACAUAGGUAAUAGUGUGUUCAUGUAUUUUCAAAGAUUAGAAAAUAAAACUUAUUCUGUAAUUUCUGUGGAACACAAAAGAAGAUAUUUUGGGAAAUGUCUCAGUGGUUUUGUGUGCAGACAAUGGAAGUCAGCGGAGGUCAAUGUUGUUUUUGGUUACCAAUGUUCUUCAAAAUAUCUUCUUUUGCGUUUUCUGCAGAAGAAAGAAAUCCAUACAGGUUUGGAAUGACAUACGAGAGUGAAUAGAAAUUUCAUUUUUGGGUGAACUAUCACUUUGA